GUCCUGCAGUGAGGAUGGAUACCAGGGUGUCUUUUCCCAGUCGUCGGCUGCUGGUACUUCUUUGCACGGCUGCUGCCCUUUUAGGGACCCGGAGCCCUUUGGCUGCAGCGGGGAGAAGCUGCUCGGACACCAGGCAGGUGUACUUGGAGAAGGGGUACAGCACAAGCACCGCUCCGCUGACUCAAAUUUCUGGUGAGCACCUGCGGCUCUGUCCUCAGGACUACACUUGCUGCUCCAGUCAGAUGGAGGAGACUCUGGCCCAGCAGAGUGAAAGGGACUUCCUCAAAGCAGUUUCAGACAACAGCCAGUUUCUCUUGACCACCUUUACCCAGAGACACCGCAGGUUUGACGAGUUCUUCAAAGAACUUAUAGACCUUUCAGAGAAGUCUAUGAACCAGAUGUUUACCAAGACCUAUGGCCUGCUCUUCACCCAGAACGCACACGUCUUCCAAGAGCUUUUCCUGGAGCUUCGCAGAUAUUAUUCUGGGGGAAGUGUGAGUCUGGCAGAAGUUCUGUCAGAUUUCUGGUCCAGACUUGUGGAGCGGGUCUUCUCUCUGGUAAACCCCCAGUAUCAGUUCAGUGAGGACUACCUAGAGUGUGUCAGCAAGCACGCCGAACAGCUGCAACCAUUUGGGGAUGUCCCUCGCAAACUUCGUGUACAAGUGUCGAGGGCUUUCAUAGCAGCCAGAGCGUUAUCUCAAGGGCUUGCCACUGGUCGGGACAUUGUCAACAAAGCAACAAAGUUAACUGCAGAUUCAGAGUGUGUGCGUGGCCUGAUGCGUCAGUGGUACUGCCCACUGUGUCGAGGUAUGCCCUCCGUGCGCCCCUGCCGCUCAUUGUGCCUUAACGUGAUGAAGGGCUGCUUAGCCAAUCAGGCUGACUUGGACACCGAAUGGAACAAUUUCAUUGAUGCUCUGUACCAGGUUUCAGAGAAGCUGGAGGGGCCUUUCAACAUGGAGCUUGCAGCCGACUCUAUCUCUGUAAAAGUGUCAGAGGCCAUUAUGCACAUGCAGGAAAACAGUGUCAGCAUCUCCAGCAAAGUGUUCCAAGGCUGUGGAAACCCCAGGCCAGCUCCAGCAAGGUCCAAACGCUCGCCCAAAGAGUCCGGGGGCAACAGGAGGCCUUUCCGCACCUACACUCCUGAAGAGAAACCCACCACUGCUGCAGGCACCAACCUGGAUCGAUUGGUUACCGAGCUGAAAGAGCGACUGCGGCCCAUGCGGGGCUUCUGGGUGUCCCUCCCACACACCAUCUGCAACGAUGAGAAGAUGGCUGCCGACGUCACUAAUGAGGACCGCUGCUGGAACGGGCAGACCCGGGGGAGGUACCUGCCAGAUGUGACAGGUGACGGUUUGGUGAGCCAGAUCAAUAACCCUGAGGUGGAAGUGGAUAUUGCACGUCCAGAUGUGAGGACCAGGCAGCUGAUCAUGGAGCUGAGGGUGGUGACCAAUAAACUGAGGCAUGCUAUGAGUGGACAGGACAUGGACUUCAUGGACAGUGAGGAAGGCAGUGGCUCAGGAGGUGGAGAUCAUGGCGAAAGGUACAAUCAUGACUGGCCAGGUUAUGGGCCUUACUCUCCACCCUACACCAAACCCUCAAAUAACCCCGCCUCCAACCCUGCAAAGCCGCCUCGAGGCCGAGACAGAAACGGGUCCAAGUGGAACAGAAACAACGGGCAGGGACGGGUUCGAUCUGCAGCUGGUCUGCUCUCUUUCUCCCCGUUUUCUUUGUUGCCUCUGCCUUUUGUGGUCACUGCUGCCACCAUGUGGAGAUAGCUGGUUAUUAAAGUGUGGAAGUGAGGGGAAAAUUUCUGUCAUGCUGGAGUCUAAAGCACAUUAUUAAGAAAAUAAUUGCCAUUCCAUUCGGUUACACCAGCAUUAAACAACAGUAAAAACAGACUAAUUCAGCAAUAAUCAAAAACCUGUUUACAGCACUGAAUAUUUUUCCUACUCCCCAAGCAACUAAUGAGAAAUAAAACACACUGAUAAUUAAAAACACAACUUAAAAAUAUCAUCUUUUAUUUUUUUAGUGUCAUGUUUGACUGAUUGGCUUUAGAUGCUGAAUGGUGUGCAGUGCUGGGAGUCUUAAGGGGAACAAAGGAAUAAACUUUUCAACAUCAAAUGAAUUGGCAGGAUGUGUGGGUGAUGGCGGUGACCACUUGGUGGUCUGUGAGGUAGAGAUUAGCCGUGCCCAUAAUUACUAUGUAGUUUCAGUGAGCAGCUGAUUUAACGUACAUUUGUUUGCUGCUUCUCUCUUUAAAUUAAGUUUCAGUACAUUGGAGUUCAGUUUAGCUGUGGUUCGUUUAAUUAAUUUUUCCAUCUUUUUAAAGCAGUAAGAUAAAGUUUUUUAAAUUAAAGCGCCAUACUUUGGCUUGGAAACAUUUGAAAAAGGCAAAAGUGUGACUCUUGAAACCAAACAAUGGGCUGAUUUUGAAUGUAAAAGCUCAAACCAAGUUGGGUUGCUUAUAUCAGUGUAAUGUAUUGCUGUUUUUAAUUUAUUUGUAAUAUCAUAUUUUGUUUUAUUAUUAUUUCAAGACAAUGGCUGUGUGUUUUCUUCUAAUGUAAGUUUGUCUUUCAAGUUCUCUGGUGGUGAAAAAAGGGAAAAAUCAAGUUGUAUUAAUACUUUUUUGUAAACCAGUCAUUUUAAAAUAUUAUCCUAUACAUCAGAACACUUAUUAUCAGCUGUAGUUUUCUGGCUUCUUUACUUCUAAACAGAGAGGGGUAAAGAGCAUCAUGUGUGAGUGUGUGCGUAUGUGUGCGUUUGCGUGAUCGUUUUAUAAUGUUUGUUAUAUGUGCCGGUCUUGUUGAGAGGAUGCUGGGACCUUUUUUAAUAGUAUGCUUUUGUACUUAUUUUUCCUAAAAGCAACAAAAGUUGUUGAAAACAGUCGGUGAGCACGCUACGUAUUGUAACGUUGGACUGAAUGGUUUCAGAGAGAAAAAUGAUGUCAGAACUUAGAUGAUGGUUCUUAAUUUUCAUGUGCUGUUUUAAUGAAGAUAAAAUCAAAGAGUUUUCUAGACAAAGCUUGUGAGGAGUUGUCAUCAGGAAAGAGGAGAAGAAAAGAUUAGUUUAACAUUCUGGGAAGUGUGCUUAGCUUGCAAAGUGUAAAAUGAUAAGUUUAAGAUUUAGAAAACAACAAAAAGACGGAUUCAGCAGCUGAUUAGUUUAAAACAAAGUAACUAGCUUGGAUGAGAAAAUCUAUAUACAAGGAAUGGUUGAAUUUGCAAAUUAACAUAUUUUAACUUUUUUAAUUUGUGGUAAAUGGUAAAUGGACUGGUUCUUAUAUAGCGCUUUUCCACU